GCUUAUCUGGAGCUCGCAGCUUCUUUUAGGGCACAGACCGGAGGCUACAGAGCAGGCCCUAUUCUCUCUACUACGGGUUCUAACUUUUUAUACCAACUUGCGAACGUUCAGCGUUCAGUAGCGCGAGUAAAGAGAGAGCAGUCGAUGAUGUGUGCCAGAAUUGACUCCGAGCCAUGCCUCUAGUUCCUACUCAAAUCUAAGCUUACGCAUCCAUUACUUAAGCCGGCUCGCGUUGAGUAAUGAAAACAAACAUUAUACGGACUUUUUAAAAUAUGCGAACGUGUUCCGUGAGACGUUUUUGUAGUUUUUGAAUGUGAUAAUUAAGUAAAUAGUGUACAAUGUGUUCAAUAGUGCCACUGACGAUUAUAAGUUUAGGACUGCUGAGAAUAGGUUUAACACAGGACGUUGAUCAAACGCCUGCCACUGGAUGGGGAGGGACUAGGUGCUACGAUAAAUUUAGAAAUGCGCAGAGAUGUAUCCCCGAGUUCGAGAACGCUGCCUUCAACGUGUUGAUGGAAGCGACAAACACCUGCGGUGACAAUGGGCCCAUCGAAUUCUGCAGACAGACGGAAAUUAGCGAACUGAAAAAAUCCUGUCAGCUAUGCAGGCCGGACCAGCAUGAUUCGCGGUUUCUCACUGAUUUUCACAACCAGGACGAACCGACGUGGUGGCAGUCUGAGACCAUGAUGGAAAACAUACAAUAUCCCAAUCAAGUCAAUUUGACGUUGAAUUUAGAGAAGGCUUUCGACAUAACAUAUAUUCGGUUGUGGUUUUACUCUCCCAGACCAGAAAGUUUUGCUAUUUACAAACGUACUAGAGAAGAUGGACCUUGGAUUCCAUACCAAUAUUAUAGUGCGAGUUGCCGAGACACCUAUGGGCUGCCUGACACAACUAGAACUAUCCGAGGCGAAGAGACCAGAGCUCUCUGUAAAUCUGAAUAUUCCGAUAUAUCUCCGUUGACUGGUGGUAAUGCGGCAUUCUCGACUCUAGAGGGCAGACCGUCAGCCUACAAUUUCGAUGCCAGUCCUGAAUUACAGGAAUGGGUCACCGCAACAGACAUUCGUAUAACCCUGGAUAGGCUCAACACUUUUGGGGAAGAGGUGUUUGGUGACGAACAGGUACUACGGUCCUAUUUUUACGCGAUAGCGGACGUUGCUGUCGGUGCUAGAUGCAAGUGUAAUGGUCACGCCUCUGAUUGCAUAUCUUCCACUGGACUGGAUGGCAAAAGGAGAAGAGUGUGCAAGUGCGAACACAACACAGCAGGUCCAGAUUGUAAUGAGUGUUUGCCCUUCUUCCACGAUGCCCCUUGGAGGAGAGCCACUGCCAAAAACGCCUACGAAUGUAAACAAUGUAAUUGUAACGGAUACUCCAACCGAUGCUACUUCGACCAAGAACUAUACGACCAAACUGGACACGGAGGCCACUGUUUGGACUGCACUGCCAACAGGGACGGUCCAAACUGCGAGAAAUGCAAGGUGAACUUCUACAUGAGGGACGAUGGCUACUGCAUAGCCUGUGACUGCAAUCCUGUAGGCUCAAAACUGCUCCAGUGCAACUCCGAGGGCAAAUGUCAAUGCAAACCCGGAGUGACAGGCGAGAAAUGUGACAGAUGCGAGGCCAACCACUACGAUUUCGGUCCUCACGGAUGCAAAAACUGCGGAUGUUCGGAGAUAGGAUCCAUCAACAACACCCCCAGCUGCGAUCCGUACACCGGAACUUGCUACUGCAAGGAAAACGUCGAGGGUAAACGAUGUAGAGAGUGCAAACCGGGAUUCUUCAACCUGGACAAGGAGAACACCUUCGGGUGUACGCCUUGCUUCUGCUACGGACACUCCUCGCAAUGUAUUUCUGCCAGUGGGUACUUCAAACAUAGAAUCACCAGUAGGUUCGACAAGAGCUCGGAUCGCUGGAGGGUUGUGGAUAAUAGUGGUAGACCUAUGGAUCUGCAUUUCGACCCUUUGUCGCAGAGCAUCAGCUUCAGAUCUUUGGACAAUGAGGUUGUGUACUUCUUGGCCCCUGAAAGGUACCUAGGCGAUCAGAGGGCUUCGUACAAUCAAGUGUUGCAGUUCACUUUACGCAUUGGCAAGAACAUGGCUCUACCCUCAGCAGCAGAUGUCAUAAUCGAAGGUGCUGGAGAGAGGAUAGCUCUGACUAUAUUCGCACAACAGCACACCACUCCAACUAUAGAGCCUCAAUUAUACCGCUUCCGUCUCCAUGAACACCCCGACUACGGAUGGGAACCAAGGUUGUCCGCAAGAGCCUUCAUGUCCAUCCUUACAAACGUCACUGCCAUCAAAAUAAAGGCUUCCUACUCAGCACAAGACGUUACGUUCUUAGAUGAUGUAGCCCUGGAAACUGCCUCCCGAGGUAUAGCCAGCUCACAGCCAGCAUACUGGGUGGAACAAUGUAAAUGCCCUGACGGAUAUGUUGGGCAGUUUUGCGAAUCUUGUGCGACUGGGUUCAAGCAUACAAAAUCCCUAUCAGGUCCUUUCAUACCUUGCGUGCCAUGCGACUGUAACAAGCACACUGACGAAUGCGAUUCAGACACAGGAAAAUGUAGAUGCCAACAUAAUACAGCUGGAGAUAACUGCGAGGUUUGUGCAAGGGGCUUUUAUGGAAAUGCUUUGGGAGGAACCAAAGAUGAUUGCCAGCCUUGCGGUUGUCCAGACAACGGACCUUGCAUCCAGAUAGAUGACGAGAUCAUCCUUUGCACCGAAUGUCCUGAAGGGUACAGCGGACACAGAUGCGAUUCUUGCUCAGACGGGUACUUCGGCGAUCCCCAGGGAAGGUUCGGACCCAAGAAGAAUUGCACCCUCUGCGAUUGUAACCAGAACAUCGACGCCAACGCAAUUGGAAACUGCGAUCCUACUAGCGGGGAGUGCCUCAAAUGUAUCUACAAUACUGGCGGCCCCAAAUGUGACCAAUGUUUAGAAGGGUUCUGGGGUAAUCCUUUGGCAUCGCCUCGAGGUAAUUGCCAACAAUGCGAAUGCUAUCCUCCCGGUACAGAACUCAACCCGUCAGGACUCCCAAUAUGCAACCAGGUUUCAGGUGCUUGUCACUGUAAACCGCAUGUGGUUGGUCGAAACUGUGACGUCUGUGAAGACGGAUACUACAACUUGCAAAGCGGCCAAGGUUGUCAAGCAUGUAACUGUGAUCCGAUAGGCUCGUUCAACCAAACCUGCGACAUUUUCACUGGACAAUGUUUCUGCAGGCCUGGAGUUACUGGAUUGCGGUGCGACCACUGUGAACCAAGAAAGUAUGGCUUCUCACUGGAAGGCUGUAAAGAAUGCGAGUGUGACACCAUAGGUUCGAAAGACUUGCAGUGCGAUGCAUCUGGACAAUGUCCUUGUUUGGAGAACGUCGAAGGACGAAGAUGUGACCGCUGCAAAGAGAACAAAUUCGACCGCCAAAGAGGUUGCAUCGACUGCCCUGAUUGCUACAACCUAGUGCAAAAUGCAGCUAGAGCCCACAACGAGAAAUUGGACCAAUUGAAGAACGAACUCGAAGAAAUCGAGAAUAGACCGACCGUUAUCAAUGACGAGGAGUUUCCUGAAGAACUCAAGAAUCUUCAGGAGAUCAUCAACGAAUUCCAUUCCAAAGUUGUGGAAGCGACUGGUGAGAAUAGUAUCAUAAAGCAGGUGCAAGAUAUAAGGAAUAGAGAAAAAGAUAUCACCAGAACAUUGUCUGAGAUAGAGGAAGAUGUUGAAUCGGCUAUAGAUAAAUCGAAUCUUGCCUCGCAAAACAUUUCUAACACCGAAGAUGAUCUGGAAACCUCUGAAAUAAAGCUGAAUGAUCUGAGUUAUGCCUUCGAAACGGAAGCUAAAGUGGCGCUGGAUAACGCAGUCAAUAGAGCUAAAAUUGUCGGUCAGCAAUCCGAAAAAAUGACAAAAAUCGCUCAGGAAGCAAGGGAACUUGCCGAAAAACUGGAGAAGCAAUCUCAAGGCCUCAUCGAGAAGGCGAACGAGGCUAAAAACAAAUCAGAAGAAGCCUACAAACUAGCGGAAAGAGCCUAUAACAUGCAGGAGAACAUUGUUCCAAGUAAGAUAAAGGAUUUGAAGAAUGAGCUGUCUAAAAUCGAAACCAAUCUGAACAGAACCAAACAGCUAAGUGAAACUGCAAGUCAGAAGGCCAGAGAAGCUAAAGCAGAAGCUCUAACCUUACUGAGCCAGGUGAACAACUUAGUGGUCCCUGAUAUUGAUGUUGAGAAAGAAAAGGUGAAAACUGAUCAGAUCAAACUAGAAGCCGAAAGAAUUCUAUUGGAGAUUCAAACAAUGGGUAAAUAUAACGAUGAGGUUUUGAUCGACAUACACGAGCAGUUGUUCAAUGGCGAGGAAAUGCUGCAGAAAGCGGAGGAUCAGCAACUUGUUCUAGGACAACAACUGAGCGAUAUCGAUCUGUACGACCUGCAAACAUCCAAAACGGUGGAAGAAGCUGAGAAGUUGCUGAAUUCGACCAUGGAAACAUAUAAGAUCUUGAGCGAUUUCGACAAGCAAGCUCAAGAGAAAAAGCAGGAAGCACUCGAGGCUCUGAGCAGGGUUCCAGAAAUUCAAAAAUUGAUCGACGACGCCUUUAGGAAGUAUGACGAGGGUCACAAGACCCUCGAAGAUGCUAAAAUUUAUUCUAACAACGCCCUCAAGAAAGCAGUUGACGCUUUAGAUCUGGCACAAAAUGCUUCGGCGGAUGCGGAGAAAAUCAAGAACGAAGCAGAUCUUUUGUAUCAGAAUACGACAGAACUGAAUAACGAGGCUAUUUAUAUGGGAGAAAGACUGCAGAGGACUGAAUCGGAAUUCAAACACAUAUUCGAACAGAACCAAGUCAACGAUACUUUGAUUGCCAUAGCUAAGGAAAAAGUUGGAAUAGCUGGAAAGGAAACCCAAGAAGCUUCCGCCAAAGUCAGUGAUUUACUCGCUAAUGUGCAAGCUAUAAUCGACGAGCUAGAAAACCUUCCAGACAUCGAUGAGGAAGCCCUGGAUCAGCUCCAAUUGAAAUACAAACAAGCCGAGAACCGUGUCAAGGAGGCAAAGCUGGACGAAAAGCUAGCAGAUCUGCAGAAGAAGCAAGAUGCACAUAACGCAAUGAUGGCUGAAUACGAAAAGGAAAUACAGAGGCUUCAGAAAGAUGUGGACAACAUUGAACAGAUCGCUAGAGCUCUACCAGAAGGAUGUUUCAACAGGGUUGAGCUUGAACCUUGAACCGAAAAAUACUUCCAUAGUUUCUGAUGAUGAAUAAGUUGAAUGUAUGCUUGUACAUAAGCUUUUCGCCUUGAAAAAUUUGAUAAUGAAGUUUUUUACCUUAAGCAUAGCUAUAGAAUAUUGUAUGUUGUAUAUUAAAUACCAAAGAAUCAGUUGGAUCUUGCAGUAUGUUUUUUAAAUAUUUUGAGGCCAUAUUUUCUUAUAUUCCAUUUAUAAGGACACGCUGAGUUUAUACCUAGAUAUACUUUGAUUAAAUUUUCUUCGUAA